AUGCAAACUACUACUGUAACCUAUAGGUACCAACGGUCAGCCUCUGGAUUGACUGUGGGAGCACACUUGUUUGGCUUCUUAGCCAUCAUACUCAUGCUUGUUUGGUUGCUGCAUUACCGUGGCGGUUUGGACUAUGAUUCAGACAAUUCAGAUCGGGUUUUCAAUGUUCAUCCGUUUCUCAUGUUCUUUGGGUAUAUUUUCUUUGCUGGUGAAGCGAUGAUGGCAUACAAGACAGUAUUGUCGGCACACAAGGUGCAGAAGUACGUUCAUGCCUUGUUCCACCUGAUAGCUCUGUGUUCCGGUAUCUUCGGGAUAUGCGCUGUUUUCAAAUACCAUGACAUGAACAACAUAGGGGACAUGAAUUCCCUCCAUUCAUGGAUUGGCUUGUCCACCUUUAUCUUGUACUGUUUGCAGUGGGUGCUUGGAUUUGCUACUUUCUUGUUUCCAAAAGCGUCGGAACGGACGAGGAUCAGAAUUGUUCCAUGGCAUAUGAGUGGGGGGGAGGGCGCUGCUGUACUUGUCAAUAUGUGCUGCUCUAACUGGCUUGACACAAAAAUCCACGUUCCUUGGGGUUGA